UCGGUCUGUUUGUAGAUGGCUACGUCCCGGAAACUGGAGGAACAUUUCCUCACAUGCAUCAUAUGCACAGAGGUGUUUGACAACCUAUUCACGCUUAUGUGUUAUCACACAUUCUGUCGGAAAUGUGUCGUCAACUACACCAAAACCAAACCAGAAGCCAUCAGUUCCAAGUCUCUUCUGUGUCAAUUCUGCAGCAAGAUGACGAAAGUGUCUGAGCCUGACAGACCAGUGGAGGAAUGGGCGGAUGACGUCAAGCCAAGUUUUGUCAUCCAGGGACUGUUGGACUCCUUUGGUCCGGGAUCUAGAGAUACAACAAACUGCACCUGCUGUCAUGCAGAAGGGGAGACAACUCCUGCAUCUGUCUGGUGCUCAGUGUGUGACGAAUCCCUGUGUGACCGAUGUUCUAGAAUGCACAAACGUUUCCCAUCCACUCGUCAUCAUGACGUAAUUGACCUUUCUGGCGAGGUCAAUAUUCCCCGGAAGCGAAAAGUCAUGUGUAGUGAACACAAGGACGAAUGCGUGAAAUUCCUGUGCAAAGAUUGCAAGAAAGUCAUCUGUCACACCUGUUGUGUCAUCUAUCACAGAAAAUGCGAGUCGGUUGUAAUACUAGAGUCGGAAUUGCCUGCUUUAAAAUCGAAACUGCGAAAUGACAAGGAAAAUAUACGACAGAAACAAUAUCUUAUUGAAAAGAAAGUCGAUACAGUUAAAUCAAAUGUCAUGACUGAGAAAGAUCGAUAUGUCCAAAUGGAAUCGAAGAUCAAGUCUUCCAGAAGAAGGGCGAGGGAAACAAUCACUCUUAAGGAAAAUAAACUUUUUGAUCAACUGAAAGAAAUCUCAGAAAGGCACAUUGAACAGUUGAACACCGACAUUAAGUCAGGGGAAAUAUCGGUACAGAUGUACUGACAACAGGCUGAACUGAUUGACCAGACUCUACAAUCUGAAUGUGACAUGGAUGUGUAUGAGAUGUACCAGGGAUGUGAUGCUGGUGAUGUGGAGGAUGUCGGACACACAGACUUGAAGGAGAAGGGAAGAAUAGCCAGGAUCACGUUCAGACAGGACUCGGACAAGCUGAGUAGAGCAGUGGACGAUCUACAGCUGGGUGAGAUAGACGUUCUGUAUGAGGGUGUGUUGGACCUGGCG